AACAUCGCUCCCAUGCAUAUGAGUUCGAAACUUAUUCUCUUUUAAUUUUUUUUUGUAUCUACAUUCUUAUUAAAUAAACCACUAUUUAUUUUAAAUUCCAACACAUCCUAUCAGCAGUUUCCUUUUUGUCGACGACCCAACCGCAUUCAGAAAAAUUACCAGGGACGUAUUUUUCCUAAUUCGGAUUGUAAUUUAAGACUUUUAAAUCGAGUAUUAUAUACACACAUAGAGAAGAACACUUUGUGUUCGAUUAUGAGUGGUUACGCUUACGCAUGAUCCCAGAAAGCUUCAGUCCUCAUUCAUUGAGAUGGUUUGAAGGGUCCCCUGAUUUCACGAACCUAAUUUGUUUGAGAUAGAAAAUCAGAAUGGCGUUCAUAACGGAAGAAAUGAUCAAGGAAUUUCAAGCCCAGAUUGAACAAAUCGAUGAACCGCUGAAGAAAUCAUUCCUGAAUAUACAUAAUGGUUACGAGAGGGAGACCUUGGUGAGGUUUAUUACAGCAAGGGAGGGGAGUGUCUCAGAUGCAUAUAAUAUGCUUAUUGAAUGUUUGAACUGGAGGAUACAAAAUGGUAUUGAUGACAUAUUGGCGAAACCAAUUAACCCUAGUGAUGUGUAUAGAGCAAUACGGGAUACUCAGCUUGUGGGCGUAUGUGGACGCACUAAAGAGGGUCUUCCUGUCAUUUGUAUUGGCGUUGGGCUCAGUACAUACGACAAAGCAUCUAUUCACUACUAUGUUCAAUCACAUAUCCAGAUGAAUGAAUACAGAGAUCGCGUGGAACUACCUUCUGCUUCCAAACAAUAUGGACGGUAUAUUGGAACAUGCGUAAAAGUUCUGGACAUGACUGGUCUAAGGUUUUCUGCUCUGACUCAAAUGAAGUUGUUGUCUGCAAUAUCCACGAUUGAUGACUUGAACUAUCCUGAGAAGACGGAGACUUAUUACAUAGCCAAUGCCUCAUACAUAUUUUCAUCAUGUUGGAAGGUUGUCAGACCCCUUUUGCGAGAGAGAACGAGAAACAGAGUUCAAGUUCUUUCUGGUUGUGGAGAAGAUGAACUAUUGAAGAUUAUGGAUUAUGAAUCCCUUCCGCACUUCUGCAGAAAAGAAGGCUCUGGAUGUCGGAAUUCUAGAAAUGGAUUGGCUAGCAAUUGCUAUAGCUUGGACCAUGCCUUCCAUCAGCGGCUCUACAACUACGUUAAGGAGCAAGCUGCAUUAGUGGAGUCAGCUGCUCUGGUCGAACAUGGUUCAGUUCAUGUAGAUUAUCCCGAGCCUGAUCCAGAAGAUAUAAAAGUUGCACAAACCAUAAAAUCCGAGUUCCAAAAGCUUGAGAACCGAAAAGGGAGCUGUGACUCAUCGCACGAGCUUGAGAAAAGUGGGGACUGAAGGGAGCUGGGGGGAUGUCACUUCAUAGUUUGAAAACAUACUGUAAGUUGCCCGAGCUGCCAGAGCAGCGUGACUCGUAUAUUAUUACAAAAGCAUUCUACAAAUCCUAAGGACGGAGCAGUAGGAGCCGUCGAGGAUGAGGUCCAUCCCUUUAUCAAUGAAAUCGUACGACUUGAAAUUAAAUACUCCAUGUGGCAUUACAAAAGUAUUCUGCUAUUGUUCUUCUUGUAUAUUUUUGAUAUGUAAGGCUUAUAAAGAUAAAUGUGUAGCAGACUAUGAUCGUUGAUGUUAUUGUGUGGAUUGAGAAGUUUUUGAGAUUGAUUUUUUCUUGAUAGUCUGUAUCAAAAUGGUUCUGAUACGGACUUUGUUUAUCUAAUUGACGUGAAAAAUAAAAAUUUUAUAUAUCAAUUUUUUGGUUGAUAACAAA